AUGGUGGUUUGGUUCUUCGAAUUUCUAUGGCUAUUGUGGAUUUUGACGUCUUUUGAAGCGGGAACCACACAAAGCAGAACAAUCAGAGGUUUCUAAUAUUUAUUUUUUGGUUUUCAGUGCGUUCAGAUGAUUGAAUAUAUUUGAUUUCGGGGUUUGAACAUCUAAUGUUUGUUUCUAACUGACUUCAUCAGCUGUUGAUCAAGUCGCCUACGCUGGUUCGUACGGCAGCCGUACUACAAGAUUUUCUCAUGAUCUGGGAUCGGCUAAGCCUCAAAAUGCUCGCCCAAAACUCGAAGUGAAGAGCGAGUAUGGAGGAAAAAAUAUUAAGAUGGAUUUUCAAAGAAGAUUUUCCCACUUCGAGGCAGGCGAAAGCGCCCUCUCAUCUCGCCAGGACAGCAACAACUUUACAUCUAGCGCGGGUCGCAAGGACCUGCCGGAAAUUUAUAUUUUAGUUUUGGUAAGUCGCCUUUGUACCAUCUCUUCCUUAUUCGAUGUCAAUUUAUUUUCACAUGUGUAUCCGGCACUUAGGCAGAUUCUUCUUCCUUCUCGGUUGAGGUUCAGUGGAAUACGUAUAGACUUGCUUUUUUACUCCUAAAAUGUUUCGAUUCGACAGUUUUUCUCUUAGGUACCCGUUACAGUUUCUUUUUUUCCGAUCGAAUUAUAAUAAUUGCCUGUUGCUAAACAACUUGAGUUGUAGUGUAGAAUCGUAUGAUGUGGAUAAAUAGGGACACGAAAAAAACUCGAACGUUACUGUUAACGGCCGAGUAUAUCCGAAUUUGAUAGCGGUUUCGGGACAGCUGGAGUAAUUUUCAUCACAGCUAAAAUUUUAGUGGGUUUUACUAUGCCAAAAAUACAACGCUUAGGAGGCAUGUUAUGUUAGCUCGGUAAAUUUUAUGUCGUGUUUCAUUUUAGACGUUCUUUGCUUUACUGACACUAAGGUAACUUUUUAGAUCAAUCCAUUGAGGUAGUGAGUCGGCUUUACUUGGCGCGUAAAAAAUUUUUGCGUGAUCUUUCGAUCUCGCAUUAUCUGACCGAAUAAUUAUGUCCGUUCACGAUCACUGCUCGCCACUUCUUGGUGAUUUUCAUUUUAAUGGGGUUUGAUUCGCUGAACAAUAAUUUUCGUGACAUCGUUCAUUAAACCUUCCCACACAAAAACAACAACUGACCGAAAUUUAGUUGAAAAGUAGCGUAGGUGUAUCUUGACUUUCGUCAAUUUCUUGCGAAAAUAUUCGCACCGGCCGGGUCAAAAAAUAUCGUCUGCCUAAUUUCAAAUUGAUUCUGACUUGGCUGAAAAGGAGGGGAAAUUUGAUAAAUUAGCGGAACUUUAGAACCGUAGAUACAAAACCUGUUUUUGCCGGUAAAAAACGGUUGAUGCUUCCGCCAAUAUUUCAUCUUUAAUUUGUAGCGGGUUGUUCUCUAACGAUAGAGCUCGAUUAACAUGUUAAAUUUACAGGUUUGAAGUUGCAUCUAAAAUUUCGACUGAGAUCCGAGUCUCCUUAUGCACACCUGUUAUCGAAAAUCUAAACAAAAAUAUGAAACAGGAAAGAAUUAACUUGCGUCGAGAAUCCUCCAGUCUUUUUUCCUGUUUGGUAGUAUUUUUCUUUUUAUGUUAUGAAUGCGUCUAAUUUUUAUUUUAAAUAUAUCAGUGGACAUUUCGAGGCACGUGGCCCGCAAUUUGACAGAGAGAAACUGGUAUAUAAGUGUUUUUAUUUUUUCGUUCAUCAGCAGCCGAAAAUAACUUGUGUUGGGGUUUGAAUUAAUUUGGUGUUAAUGACAACAAUUUCAGAUAUUUGAAUUUGAAAAAGUACAAAGAUUGCUAUCUCUUUUUAAUUUGUAAGCUCGACCACAGUAGUUCAUGCCAACAUGAACGUAAUUUCAGCAUAUCUCGAUCUGGCAGCUACACUGUACAUGAAUAAAACUGUCACCACUUCAUUAAGCAUUUUGUCACUUUGGUGUUUCAAGGAAGAAAAUUAUUCCAGUGGCCAAUAUAAGACGUUGUUUUUGAUGUAAACAAAUCAGAUUCAGUUAUUUGAAAGAAUAGGAAGUUUUCUUGUUUUGAUUUCCCUUGAUUGAUUUCAUAAUGUAUUUCUCAUCUUUUGAUUUAUUAUGAGCUGAAAGUGGGAAUCAGUUUUGAAAUUAUUAUUGUAGUUUUUUUGGUAGAAAAAUGUUGCAGAGUUUGUAGUUACAUAUUUUAGUGUUCAUGUAACAUGAUGCAUACAUGUACAUUGUUUCUUUCCAUAUCACAUGGUUUGAUUAACAGUUAACGGUUGUCACAUUCAGCAUCUCCAAUGUCUUCUAAUUCAACAAUGAGCAUUUCGUAUAUUUACAUUAAUAUGUGGAUGUUAUGUAAGAAUGAAAUAUUGCUAAUGAAGGAAUCAAGCCAAAAAUUAGUUUCACUUUGCCUCGUUUUGUUCAUCCAUAGCUAAAAAAGGGUGUUGAUGAAUAAGUAACGGAUGUACCAUAAUGAGACUCUAGAUCGUCAAAAAUUGUGGAAAAAAUCUGGAAUUUAAUUAAGAACCUCUAAACGAACCCUUAUCAGAUGAGGAAUUAUUAAAUUGGUUUCACUGUACUCAUCCUGUCCAAUAUGUGCUUACACUGUCUUCACUUUGAAAUCUGAUUUCAUCAAUCAGAUUUUCCCGAACUCUCUAAUCUCCUGUUGACUGACUGAAAAACUACCAGACAGUUGGUGCAUUUAUGAGAGAUUUGUCUUGACCCACUCAACCUCUGUGAUGAUCUAAACAAUUUUUUUCUGUUUGUUUUGUAAUCGAGCUGUACACUGUAACUAGAAAUACGUAUCUCACAAUAACCCCAGCGAAACUCGGUUUGGUAAUGGCACUGUCGGUCGAGGUUAAGAACUGGAUAGGUGGCAAACAGCGAAUAUUGUUGUAAAGGUCCAUAUGUUGUUCUUUCUUUUCUUCUUCUUCUUCUUUUUUGCAUAUUGUGGGGUGUUAUUGUUAAAAGUGUAUUGAAAAGCAUACUUAGAAUUAUUUUGGCCUCUGGAUUUAGAAAAAAACAAAAACAAAGCACAAAUGUGGCACUGCAGUUCACAUGAAAAUUAUUAUACUUCAGGCUGCUGAAACUUUGCAGACUUUGAUCUAUACAUCCAUGGGGAAAACCGGCAAACUAAUAAAUUUGGGUUUUCCACAGUGUAAAAUGAUCAUAGUGCCUCUCAUAUUCCAGUCUCCUGUUCCUCUGUCUCUUGUUGUCGGUGUUGCCUUUGCUGUGCUAAGCAAUGUUCUCUCUGCUCCUUUGUUUCUUGUUGACGUCUUCUCCUUCAUUGUUCACACUGAAUUUGAAGUCGGCGUUCUCGCUCCGGGGGAGUUUCGGUGCAAAAUCUUCCUGGGUGAGGAUUUGGAGCCACUUGUUGUGCUUGUGUGUCAUUUGCAUGGGAAAUUGAUCAUGAUUCACCGAUUGUAAACAUUUGUUUCAGAGACGAUGAAUAAACGCAACAGCCUUUCAUGAAAAUGUGCCCUGUUCAUCUGUGGCAAAGUCUAUGUUGCCUGGAAACGCAAAAUACUCCAUGACAAAAUGCUACAUGACAUCAUUGGCGGACACCAAGCAUAUAUUCGUAGAUUUAUGGGGCAUCGAAAUUUUUGCAGCUGGCUAAGACCAUGCGUGGUUAGCAGACUGCGCACACGACAAGUUUUUAAAGUCGCUACGACAGCACCGAGCUUCACUUGGAAUAAAAUAAUACAGUGAUAGGUUAUUAAACGUAUUUGAGAUACCAUGCUUAAAACUAGAGUCUAACUGUUUCUCAGUGAUAUCAAUGAUCCCCACAGUAAUCUCUGAUUUACUUUAUGUUCAGCUUUUCCCUGGAAAAAGCAGUUGAGCUACAUGUGCAGUCCCAGCUGUCUUUUUAUGCUUAUUCUUUUUCUAGGCUUAAAGAAUGACAAUAACUUUGGACGAACAGGGUGUAAAGAAAGUCAGUUUUACAGCUUGAUAUUCGGGCAAGAUGUAGCUAGCUUUGAAUAGCCCAAAAAUUUGUUUUGAUGAGCAGCAUUGAUUACAGUUCUUUUGUGAUUUGAAUUUCCCCCAAAAAUUCAUUUGCCUGUUGGCCAAGUUACACGUAAGAACAGAAUUCAUUAGCCCUGUGCUAUUGGACACACCUUUUGUUGCCUGCUGGCAAAUCCAUUUAAGUCCACAUGAAAUGCUGUUGGGUGAAUCAACUUUUGGGAUAAAACACCCUGAUGCCAUAAAAAAAACAAGCUUAUGUGAUCUUUUCCCAACCACCUACUUAAUAGUAAUGGUGAUAAUAAUGAUGGUACCUAUACAGUCAACUACAGUAAUUGGAGACACCCUUGCAACUGAAAGUUGGCGUGCGUAAUAACCAGAGUGUUAGGCUGUGAAUUCAGCUGCUUCUCAUCGCUCCCCACCUCCCUGUCUUGCCUAGCAAGUGAGACGUCUGCAGUUAAGUCCAAAAAAUUCUACACUGAUGACCUAAAUCACAGUUUACAUUAUUCAUGUGGUAGUCAUUGGUUUCCAGAACUGAUGUAAGGGUAUGUUACUCCUGGUCUAUUAUCAUAAAGUUUUUAUUAGAUUCAUUGCUUUUAUAUUUUGCUCUUUGUGACCUUUAUGUCUUUUUUCUGUCAUUCAUAAACAGUAGCUACAAGAAAUAGUUACUUCCACACUCUGCUUAUUACAUGCUUGUGACCGAUACAAAGGUCCAGUAGUUUGGUGGGCAAAUGGCUUCAUUUCUCAGUCAUUCUGUGGCCCUGAGUAGAGUGAACAUUUAUUAGACAAGAGGCGAUUAUUUGGAAGUUGCCAUUUUAUUUGGUCAUCAGGAGUACUAGCCACUCUAAACCUAUCCAAAACAUUAUUCAUGAAUAAACAAUCAGCCGCCAGGUUCUCUGUUUGGAGUUGUUCUUAGAGAUAUUGAGCAGUACUUCAAAAUGGUUAUUUUUUUGGAACCACCUCCUACACGUUCAUUAUCUGCAUUUAGCAGGAUGGUCAUGAAUAGUAAUGUUCCUCCCUCCUGAGCAUUAAAAAUACAUCUACUUGAAUUAAGGGAAAAUGUGGUCCCCCCCCCCUUAUCAUUGCCAAUUACAAGUAUACUGUAAUAGGGACAGUGACAUAAACUGACAGAGAGGGACAACCCAGUGUCCUCCUUAUCAGGCGGUAACCGGUAAAAUUUACCUUUUGAAGCAACACUUCUUACUGCCUGCAACCGCUUGAAGGUUUGUUAAAAUUAGACAAGUUGUUCUAAGAAAAUAUGCUAGUUGUGAUCUUCUUUCUAAUAUGGGCCAUGUAGUAUUGAAAGAGAACAUUGAAAAUAGGAUAAAACUAUUGGAAUCAUACAUUUCAAAUUGUUAUCUUAAGAUUUAAACUAAAAAUAAACUAUAAAUUUGAAUGGAGAAAGUAUACUGCCGAUUGUGGUUCUUUAAAUAGGAAAUUUUAAACUUUGUUUUAAGUUUUUAACCUCAAUUCGGAAGGCUGAUGGCUUGCAACAGCGGAUUAGCCUAGAGAAGGUCUUAAUAAGAGAAUGACAUUUCAGAGAACGUAUGCCAAGGAGGGCAGGGCCAUGUCCCUCACUCCACUUUCCCCCUCCCCAGGAAAGUGCCCCUCUUGGAUAUAUUUUUUUCCGUACCGGUCAGGAAUGGUCCCUGACCUCCUGGGCUGAAAUUUAGGGAGAACACUGCAACCUGAGUUUAAUUCAGGAAGUUUGUCGCGAAGAUGAUGAGCAUUUUGUUUUAAAGCGAUGUUUGUCCACAUACUGAGUUCCGGGGCUUGUUUCUCGAAAGUCCUGGUAACUUUUCAGGCUCGGAAAGCUGUUUUGUGUUUUCCGUGUUUACAGUUAAGAUUGAAGUUUCAAUAAUUUUGAAAAUAAUACAAUGAAACUCUCAGGUAACAAAGCAACUUGGACUGGUUUGUGAGCUAGGAACUGUGCUACUAUUUAGCAAGUUUUGAUUUUAAAAUUUGUCUUUGGCCUGAAAAGUUUCUGGUUCUUUUGAGAAAUGGAUCCCUGGAAAGCAAAGUGUGGAAAUUAGUGUGAUACUGUUCAAUGUAUGUGAUUUGUGUAUAAAUCACAGUGAACAACAACAAAACUACAACAACGCACUUCAUUAAGAAACAUUUGAAUAGUACCUACCCACAAAUAUUAAAAAAACUAGUCGAGACAGGUAGGUAUGAUUAAGUUAGGCUUAUUACAACUAAGUUUUUUAGCGCGAUACCUAUUUGUACUUGCAAGCAUUUCAAAUUAGCAGCAGUGAAAGAUUACAGUAAAUUAUAGUAAAUUAAAAUAAAUAUAGCAGCACUGAAAUAUUGCAAAUAAAAAAUAGCAAAACAAAAUAACUCCACAGAGGAAAGAGAGAAAGGAAGAGAUUUCAAUAUACUGGUUGAAGUUAUAGGAUUGUUACUGUUUUACAGGUUUUUAAUUAUUUCAAGAAUUAUUGAUGAUGGGAUGGUGUAAGGCGCAAAUUCAAGUGAACUGAAAGUAACUAAUAUUAGAGGUUAGAUAUUAAAGACAGCAAACUUUUUUUCUUCACAGAACAUUGCUACAGGUCUGAGGAACUUCAGUGAGGGCUUAAGAAAGAGGUUUACAUCUCUUCUCUCAAAAGGAUUAGGUCUUCAUGAGCAGAGUUGUGUAAUCCUCCAUGUCUUCCCAGUAAGUUCUGAGAAACAGCGAUUGAAUUUGAUGAUUAUGUUUAUGUAAGGAAGGAGGAAGUUUUGGGCUCAAAAACAAAAUAUGAAGUGAGUGAUAAUGUCGACUCUUGUUUUAGAAUUUUCAUAUUUUUCUUUACAAAUCACUUCUUCAGAGGCUUAACCUUUUCACUCCCAGGAGUGACCAAAGUCAAAUUUUGCCAAAGUUUCCAAAUUCACUUUCUAAAAUGCUGGAAAACAAAGAGCAUCAUGUUAAAGUUCUGCCAAUUGCAAAGAGGUUUCAUUUGAAUGGUUACACGACAGGAUUUUGUCCACAGACUCAAGAGUUAGAACAACCUCAAAAGACUUCAUGGCAUUCAUUCUGGCAGUGACAGGUUUAAUAAGAAGUUAAGAUCCCAGAGUCUUCACUCUUAUCACACUUCUGACAGCAGGACUGAAUCAUGUUUGCAUCUAAUUUGCAACAUAAUAAUUUGAGUCCUGCUGAUAUGGUGAAAUGAUUAUAGACAGCAGGGAAGUUGUUGAGUGAGUGUGGAUGAAGUGUCCCAGAGGUGUGACGUUGGAAUUAUUAGAUAGCUAUUUAAUUCCCUUCUGGUUCCUUCUUGGACCAACAAAACGGGCUGUUUUAUUUCUCAUAAAUUUAACGUCUUUAUACCUUGUGGUGUUUUAAUGGUACAUAUUUGUUGUGUGUUGGCAAAUUCACGAGUUUCUAAUAAUCUGUUAUUAUACUUGAUUUUCAACCUCUGAUAUUAAUUUUUGUAUUUGUUUACAAAAUUAAUGAAGACAGACAUUUUCUCUGUACAGCCAAUUUUUUAUCUCUAUUACAUUUUCUUUAGAGGAGGGCAAUUACACCUAUUAUUUCUCAUAAAUAAUUGAUGAUUUUGUCAUGCCAUAUGACUGAGUAGGAAAAGUCUCUGGAAAUACAAGGUGUAUGCCCUAUGAGAGGUCCAUUACGUGGCAAGUUACGAGAUUACCUGAAACUACAGUAGAUUUGGCAUGGAGCACUUAUUUUCAUUAAAUUCACAAUACCACCAGAAAAGGCGGUGUGGCGGGCACAAUAAUUAUUUAUUUGUUACUUUGUCCAGAUAAUUUUGUUCAUUUCUUUUUUAAUAAUGUAAAAUUUCUUACAGAUUGUAUAAUCAGAUGUAAUUUGAGAUUCAGUUCAUUGCAUAAUAUCAGAAGUCAUGCCAUUUUAUAAUCACUUGCAAAUUGUAGAGACUUCCCCUCUGGUGUGGAAGUUAGAAUUAUUUAUGAACAAUUUUCAAGUAUUCUGUGCAUUGUUUUAAUUUUAGAUCUCUGUUCAGAGGAUCCAAGUUGAACUGUACUGCGAGAAAGAUAUGGUUAAGGCUAUGGGGUCUGAGUGGGAACCUAAUGUGUUUAUCCCUGCCAGCAAAAUGAUCCAAACGCUGGAUACUCCAAGCAUGCAACCAUUCCUGAAGGAGUUUAAUGUUUCUGCUUAUGGUGUGAAGGUGAAAUUUCUUCUCAGUAUUGUUAAGCCCCUUUUUAAUGUCAUCUUCAAACUCUCUGUUUGUUGCCAGUAGAGAGUCUGUAAGCAUUUUUUAACCCCCAUUUAUGGCCAUAUCAGAGAAUAAAAUGGGUCAAUAUACUCAAUGAUUAAAAGUUACAACUUAACAUUAACUUAUGAAGACUUGAUUCAGAUUUUUCAAUUGAAUUUUGCUUUUUCGUGGUUACAGCUUCUGUUGAAGUGUGACCACGAUGUUACUGAGUUUUUAGUAAGUAAAUAAGCUUAUAAAAAUGCUACUUAGUGACCCCCUCAAGUUUUUUUUUUGCUUCACUGUUCAAGCACAUACAGUGUACACCUGCAGACCUCCAUCAAUUAUUAUGUGCAAUUGCAUUAAGUCUUGUCUCUACCUUGUCCUUAUUCCCUUGUUUUAGAAAGAGAGAGAAAUAUACAUUGUUCCUCUCUGAUCCCCUGAAUGGUUUAUCUCCAUAUGUAUUUUAAAAUUGUUACUUUUGUAACUUACAGGAGUCUCCUGAGAUAGAUCUGGCAGUGUAUCAAGAGAUGUGGUUUCCAGUAGCAGUUGUAGCUGGAGUGACAAUCAUACUCAUUUUUUUGGCUAUUGUGUGCUUGGUAAGACGUAGUAUACUGUUCACACUUGGAUUAAAUCAUUAAUAUUAGGGCUGUGUACCAAUAGGGCCUGAAGGCCUUAGGCAACUUGAACAAAAACAAUGACAAAAACAGAAGAAAACAGCAUUUUUCAAGAGUUAGUUUGAACAAAAGGUUUCAUGUCUGUAACCUUCAGUCUCUUGAUAGGUAAAUGACUUUGGCGCCAAAAUUCUGUAAAUUAAAGCCAUCAGUUAUCUGCAGCUUGAAGGUUUCCUUGCAAAUUAGUAUUAAGAAUGCUAGCAUCAUAUUUAUUACUCUGAACACCUACUAACAACUGCAGCUCUUUAAAUUUGAUUGUGGUGAAAUGAGAAACAUUGCUAAAACCAUAAAAAGGACUGUAAAAGGAUUGAAGUCUCUGAAAGUGGAAUAAAGGCCAUUUUUAACUUCACUGUGAAUAGAAUUGUAUCAAUAAGGAGACAAACUACCCUAGACAAUUAACAGUGGUGGAUCUGAAAAACAAGAUACUUUUAAAGCAAGGCGACAAAUAUGUGUAUAUUAUUAUAAUUGUUUAACAUGGUGACAGAUAGUUUCAAUUAAUUCUUUUAUCUUUGACAGCUAUUCUGUCGUCGUCAUUUGGAAGCAAAAGCUGAAGAGGAACAUCGCACACAGCACCUGGACCCUGAGAAACUCCUCUAUCCUGCUGUAGAUCCCACAAACACCGUGUCUGCAAGCAUGAUCCAGCCAGACGCUGGUCGAGUUUACACUAUCACAGGAUUGCCUCCCAAGGCUAGGAAGUGGAAAGGUUCUCAGCUCUCACUCUCAGACAGGUUUGGAGAAAAUAUUUUCGACUUAAGCUUGUUAACUUUUGUAAUAUAUUGUAUAUUCUACUGUGUAACAAUUAAUGAAUGAGGCUGAGUAUCUUAUGAAGAAUUAUGGAGAUCGACGAGGGUGUGGCCAAGGCGGAUAACAACCACGUCGAUCUCCAUAAUUCUUCAUGAUAAGAAAGCCAAAUUCAAUGAUUGUUUUAUCAUUCAUUCAAAAUAAUUCCUAGUUUAAAAACAUGGCUAAAACAUGCUUACCUCGAUCGAUGUUAAGUUCAUCUUCGAUAGUGCACGUUUAGGGUUGUCCAGCUCCGCAAAUUUUCUCCAAAUAGCAGAUGUCGCCCUUCGAGUUGUCUUCUUGCUGUUCUUGCCGUGUUUUUAGCAAUUUUUUCGCCUAAUUCUUACUCUUGAAACGAGUGAAUUGUCCGCCAUUUUUCCAGUUCACAACCAAAACAACUCAACCUCAUUCCCAGGUCUUCUCAGUUAACGGUGCAUUAACUUGCAAGAACGCUGCAUUUUUGACGUCAUUUCCUCGCCAAACACAAAUUCUUCCAAAUUUGUUCAUCAGUAACUGGUUAUGGUGAAUUAAACGUGUGCUUUUGGCCAAUCAGAAUCGGGGAAAUAUUUUGAAUGAAUAAUAAUGACUUGUAUAUUAUGUGGCUGACCACAAUUUAAAUUUUUGGUUUUGUGCCAUUGAUUAUACAAAAAUAUCCCUUACCUACUUUUGUUGUGAACAGUACGUACAUAAGUCAACAUGCAUGUACAUUUAUGCUUUUAGAGAUAAACAACCUCUGAAUUAACAUUUGUUGACUAUUCUCUCUGGGAAUUCUGCAGUAGAAUAGACUUUACCUCUGUUACAUAGUGCUAGUGUGCUGUGCAUAUCCUGUGGCAAUCCUGUACGUGUCUGACUUUCUUUCUCUCCUUCACUUCUUACAUACCCCUUCCACCUCCUUGCGGUGAUGAACCAGUUGUCUACCGGGAGCUCCCCGCUCCCACCACCUCGGGCUCAGUGUCCCAUAUCUUAUUAGGGUUAUUUUGAGAAUUAUACAGUACUGUGUAUCGGUAAAUUAAUUUAAAUUAAUAUGAAUUUUUGAGGUUUAAUUGUGCUGGUAUUUCACAUUCUAGGCGUGGAUCUUCUUUAGUUCUGGAUCUCAAAUCUUCAGCAACUGAAUUAGGAAGUAGCUCUCCUGCCCCAAGUAUUCUAGAAAGGUAUGAAACAUAUUUUAGCCUUAAAAUAAUCUAUCCCUGCCAAAGCCCAGUUUAGGUGACAGUUUCAUGUAGAUGUUGAAUUUUGAACCUGUAAGAACUACGGCAGUGGCUAUUUUAAAGAUGAUCGUCUUUAUCAAAUAGAAAUUGAUUUCUUCCUUUAUUAACGUUAGAAUCUCUUGUUGUGAUAAUUACUUCUUUCUUUCUUUUUUUCUCUUUUUAUUAGUCCCACAGAAGAAAAGCUAGCUUCUAAAUCCAGACCCUUGACUUAUAACGAAUUAGAAGAUUGUGUAAAUAAUUCAAAGCAAGUAACUACAGAAUUUUGGGUGAGUCACUAGAUCAUGUAGUCAUAAAUAAAGAGUGAAAAGGGGAUUUUGUUUGGGAUUGUUGUUCAUGCAAAUAUGUCAUGUAUUCUUUUCUCAUGUCUCAUGCCCCCUAUUUGUUUUUUAUGGACUGGCCAAUCACUACAUUGGAACCUUGACAUAACGAAGGGCCAAGGAACUGGCAAAAUUAGUUUGCUUUACUGAGGUUAUUUUUUCUUAUAAUAUUAUUUUAAUAUUACUGGGGUAAAGAAAAUCAUUUGUUUUACCUAGGACCUCAUUAUGUAGAGGUUCAUCAUAUCGAGGUUCCACUGUGUAGAGGAGAUGUGGUAUUAAGUUUUCUUGAAACUCUUCCCAAAGCUCUGAGUUAAUGCUAUUUUGUGACACUCGUAAGGCUGGGUAGGGGUCAUAGUACUUCAAGUGGGCAAAGGAGGUUUAAACAUUAAUAUUAGGCUGAGCUAGCAACAGGACGGGAAAGUCAGUUGACAAGGGGAAAGCGCACGAAAAGGACUAAACAUGGCUUCCGGUGCCCAAUUUUCUGCUCUGCCGUUGGUCAAGCCAGUUGUUUCAUCUGCGCAUGCCUUCGUCGACUGAUGUUCACGUUCAGUUGCUAAAUCAGCCUAAUAAUGCUUAAAACCUUCUUUACAAAACAUUGUAAAAAAAGUAAAGGCUUGACAUGACUCCCACCAGACAUAAAUGUCAUGUGGAGUGAGUUACAAUAAUUCACUGAAAGCAGGCCUAGUUUGGAGAGUUCUAGCACAAUACCUCUGGGGGACUCCUACAUGUAGUUUUGAAAGUACCGUAUAAAUCUCUUGUGCAUCUGUAAGGGCUACCAUUUUCUGUUCUCUACUCUCCCAUACAUGUAGUGUAUUAAUUUCCCCUCAGGAUUUCUGAUCUGGCCCUGGUUGUUCAAACGUUGGAUAGCGUUAUCCAUUGGAUAAAUCUCUAUCCAGCAGAUAGAUCCAGCUAAUUGAUUUCCAUAAUACUUAUCCGGUGGAUAGUGAUUUACCCGGUGAGUAGUGCUAUCCAACGUUUGAACAACUGGGGUCUGAACAACAUUUCAUAGAAACCCAGAUUAAUCUCACUUCCUUUAUUUAUCCAGGAAAUGCCCAUGAACCAUCCGCCUCCUGAAGAAAGGCUACCUGGUUCAAGUUAUAGAAAUAGAUAUCCAUUUAUUUUACCAAGUAAGUUAAAUUGUACAGUGGAACCCCAUUAAUACAGACACCAAUGGACAAAAAAAAAUUGGCCGUAUUACCGGGAUAGGGUCAAAUUUCAUGACUUGAGGGCCGUAAUAACAAAUACACCAUACAUCACAUUUGCACCUCUUAAACAACUAGUAAUUACAAAAACUACUUGAAACUUUCCUCAAGGCUCAAUAUUAACGGCUGCCCGCUUGCCUGGGGCUACUAAACAUUUCCUCUGGUCCGGAUUGGACAACUGAAAUUUCUGUGAAAGUUAUAGAUUAACUAGACUUUCUCAAGGUCCUUCGCUUCUCAUUUCCGGUUCCGGUAGUUGGCCCCAGCGUGAAGGACUUUUAUCCCCUGCAGCACGCCAAAUUUACAGGAGGAAUUUUCCUCCUGUAGGUUUUAUCCAAUCACCUACGGUUUUACUGAUGCGCUGUCAAUCAAACACGAUCACGUCACAUGAAACGUGACAAUCCUAAAAGGUAAUAGGGAUAUGAUCAAUACAUUGUUCCUGACACUGUAGCUGUCAAACCUACGUUUGUUGCUUUUUUUUCAGCACUCGUAAACAUGUCCAUGGCCUCUCGUGUCAUUCUCUCAAAAUUCUUUGAUGAACAGUGAAUUCAAAGCCACCCACAAUACCUUUCGGGAUUGUCACGUGCACUUUUUGCGACAGCCUUUCUCAAAAUAGCUGUAUGCAACAGGUAGAACUCUACAGAAGAUCAAAUGUGCAGUCAUUAUUUGAUACAGUGUAUUAUUAUCAAUGGCUGCUCCUGAUUUUAUAAAUAAAUUAUAAAGUAUUAACCUAUAUUGAUAACUGUCUAAAUUAUCUUCUCUCAGAUGCUAGGACUAGAGUAAAUUUACCAGAAGUACCUGGAGAUCCUCUCUCUAUCUACAUUAAUGCAAAUUUUAUAAAGGUAUAGUUAUUAAUUUGAGGGUUUUAAGGUACAAAGUUUUAUAUCUCUCAUCAGGCGUGGAUCUAGGAUAAAUACUGACCGAUUUCCUAAACGAAGGGCCGAGGGAGCAAGCUUCUAGGGGAGCCCGGGGGCAUGCACCCCCAGUAAUGUUUUGGGAUUUUAAGUCCCUGAAGUUCCCUUUCGCGGGUUUCUGUUCAAUGCCCGGAAAUUGGAAAAAGAAAACAUUUGUCCAGACCAUCUUUGAAAGUUCUAUUAUUAUUAUUAUUAUUAUUAAAAAUAUGUUUAUUACGAAAAAUCUGACCAAUUUCCGUAAAACGGUGGAAACCGGUGUGGAUCCGCCCCUGCUCAUAACCUAGUCUCUCUGCUAUUACGUAAAGGCAAACUUGUGGACAUAUAUUUCCUGAGUUUUUCCACAACUUGAGAACAUUCUUUUCACAUAAUUAUUGUUCAUAUAUUCACAAAUUCAGUCAUUUGUGUUAAUGUUAUAGAGUAAACUUAGUUUGCUACAGAACUCAUUUCCAACCUUCCCCUUCUAGUACCUGCUCUUACUAGCAUAAUGUACUAUUAAUUAUUUUAUUUACCUUGUCUAUGAUCCUAGUUGCACAAUGUCAUUACUAUUUUCGUUAGCAUUCAUCUUUCCCAAGACCACAGGAAACUCCUAUCCUUAGGACAAAACAGACUUGAAUGGAUAUUUUCCCUUUCAAUGCUCUUACUAUGGUGACCGUGAACUCACAAGAUUAAAAUGUAUUUCAGGGUUAUAAGGGUCGGAAACAAGCUUACAUUGCAACUCAAGGUACAUGUACCCAGUGGUUUUUUAAUUUGAUUAAUUAGUUAUCUAUUUCCUAUUAAGUUAUUUUUAGUCUUUAAUUUUUUUAUAAUUUCUUGUAAUUUAUUAUUUUGUUUAACCCAUUCGCUCCUGGAGAUUUUGCCAAAAAACGCGUUUUGAAGCUAGUCGAGUGGUUUUCUGGUCACUGUCGUGCUAUAAAGAGCUAAAACUUACCACAAACUGGUUUACAAGUCGAACACUUCGCGGCCUUCUGAUCCAGAUGCAAACUAUCAGCUCGCGAAGUUCGGGCAUGCGUAGAAAGCAAAAUUUCAAGAUAGUUUUUGGGUUUAAAAGUGACACGGCAGUCUUGACUUUUACUUUUCGCUUUCUCUCCUCCCUUCUUUUUUCGCUUUUCUUGCCUCAUUUUUUUUCCUCUUGCUGGGCAUUUAGUAGGCUUCAUUUUGGUGGGAAGAGUUUUUAGGAAAGCUUUUAGGAUCUUAGGAUUAGGUGAAAGGAAAGGUAGGUGGGUAAUGGAACAAGAUUUUCAUGGAGAUUUUCAGGUCAAUGUCAGGUGGUUUUUUGCUUGUUUCUCCGGUGUCCUUGACUAAAUUGUGCUCAUUCUGGUAUGGUUUGAAAGAUCUCUUCACUCUGCUCAAGUUAGCGAAGAAAGUUGUCCUUGACCAUUAAAACUGAUGACGUCACAAUGGGUAGAAAGGACCUGGAUCCGCACGGGCGGUUACGGGCGGUUCAGGGGCGAAUGGGUUAAUUCUUUUUUUCAUUAGUCUGUUAUCUAGUCCUCAUCCAUAUUACGAUUUUUAUUUCACUUAUUAGUAAACUGUUAACUUUCCUUAGUUAGUAGCCUUAGUCUUUAUUGUUACAUUUUGCAUGCAUUGUCCUGCCUCGAAUAUCCUUGCUAGCUGCAGGCAAUUCUUCUGUAAUUUUAUUUGUUUAUUAAUAAAGUUUUGUUGUUGUUGUUGUUGUCGUCUAAUUCACCUGUAAGUGUUAAGAACAUUUUUCUAUUGAAUUAUGGGUUAUCUGAAUAUUUCUGACAACAGGCAGUAACAUUCUUCUUGCAGGUCCUUUAUCAUGUACAGUUAAAGACUUUUGGAGAAUGAUUUGGUAUCACCAGUGCCCCAUUAUUGUAAUGAUUACAAAACUUAAAGAAAGAAAUGAGGUAUGACUAUGAGUGGCAGUGAAAUUAAAUUUGCGGUGAACUAUAUUCAUCAAAAUUAGUAAUAUGUUAAAUUUCAUUACCUUAAAUUAAGGCCUUUUUUCAAAAAUACCGUAAUACUCUUUGUUGUCCCUCCAAAAUUUUGCAUAAGCAUCGUUUUCAGAAAACAAUGCUUUUGCAAUUACCCUCACAGAAAAGUAUAUUUCUGUGAGGGUAAUCCUAAGCAGGGUCUUGUUUUUUUGCAAAGAAACAACAGGAAAAAAAACAGAUAUUCUGUCAAUUCACCUCCCACUUAACGGGGAUCAUUGUCCAGUACAUGGUCAUAGCUUCAUCCUUGUAGCUGACCAUAAGAAUCCUUUACAGUAGAUGAGCUGGCAUCAGCCUAGUCAAAUAUAUUUUCCAGUACCAACUGGGAGUCUUUUGUGGGGGGUAUAUGAUUGUGUAUUUUUUAUGGUUAGAGCAUUGUUGUCCAUGGGGAAGAAAAGAAAUCGAAAGUUUAACCAGGGAAGGGAUAUACAAGAGAAGAAACAUUGGAGAAUGAAUGAAACCUGGAGUUAACUUUACAAUGUACCUAUACAUGGUCAUACCACAGUAGUGAGAUGUGGGUACUGACAGCACUGCACCAAAACCAUUUCCUCUUACAACAAGUGUGCUCUUUACUCCGCAGACAAAAUGUGAACGAUACUGGCCAGAUCCAACCUUUAGAAUGCAAGAGAAGUAUGGAGACAUAGUUGUCACAUUUGAUUCUGCCAUAGGACGAGAUGGUUAUCAGAUAACAUCUUUGUACAUAAGUCACUCACAGUCAUUAGAGGCUCCACGAAGGGUGUACCAUUACUGGUAUACUGCUUGGCCUGACCAUGGAGUCCCAGACUCACCAAGACAAUUUCUCAGAUUAGUGGAAGAAGUACACAUUGCACAGGACAGGGAAGAUGUGAAAGAGGGGCCUGCGGUAGUGCACUGCAGGUUGGUAACGUUUUGGUUAACUUCAUACUGACAGUAUCAACUGUCAGUAGAAAGUUUCCUUGAGUAUUUCAUCUCUCAAAGGCUGUUUCUGUAUUGUAUUAGUUUUGAAGGCAAGUAUCCAUUUUCAGCUCCACUAGAAUAUCCAUGGUCUCUUAUGAAUGAUAGUUACAGCUAGGAAACAAAGGAAAAUUCCCUUUAAUUACUAGUCAAACUAGGUUGAAUGGCAGCUAUGUGGAGCCAGGGGACUGUUUUGCAAAAGUCUUUUUUAAAUCCAGAAUAGCCUACUUACAAGUAUGAUGCAAUGUUAAGAUUGCAAUUCACACUUGAAGAUUUCAUCAACCAAUACACCUGUCCCCACAUACAGUUGUGGUACUGAGGUCAACUGACAUGAUUCCAAAAAUGACAGUAGAUUAAAUUUAUUGAAAGCUUCAAUAAGAGUUUCUAUUAUUAAAUAUACUUCAGGACAAUGUUAGAAAUAGCCUCCCACACAAGCAUUUUAAGGGGAGCUCGUUUUUCAUCCCUCCCGACAAACGCCUGCUCAACCCAAGAAAACAUUCCUUUCCCAAGCUUAGCCAAUCACAUUGUACUUUCCAAAUUCUGGAAAGUUGACCUUGUCGCCCGCACGGUAAUCUAAUAAUUACUCACUGGGAAAGCUUUCAGACCUCUAAUAAAAUGUUAGAUUCAGAGCAGCGAAAUAAUAUUUAGUCAAAUUUUAGAAUACGCCGUGCACUGCAUAGCCUUAGCGAAGGAAAGAAAAGAAGGAAAACGGUAACUCAAGGGUCUCAUUUUAGUCGUGUUUAGCUUGUCAGCACCUAAUUGCACAACUGUUAAUUGGUCACUUACCACGCAAAUAAAACAAGUGGAAAGGAAUGUUGUUUUCGGUUGAGCAGGUGUUUGUGUGGAGGGAUGAAAAACGAGCUCCCCUAAAAAUGCUUGCGUGGGAGGCUAUGUUAGUAAGAAACCUAUAAAGAAGUUUGAGGCAUUAUUUGUUCAUGCAUGUCAAGUUUGGGAUGUCUAGCCUUGUAUUAAUGAUUCAAACUCGACAAAAAUUAUUCUGUUAAAUGACUGAAAACUGAGAUGCCUCUCCUUUUCUUUUACCCACUGAAAUUUUGUUUCUUACAGUGCUGGUGUGGGAAGGACAGGCUGUUUUAUUGCAGCAAGUAUUGGAAUUCAACAGAUAAAGGUAUGGUCAUACUGGCACUAACAUUCAAUUGGGAGCUCAACAAGUGAGAAGCUUGAUGCGCUGUGCCAUAUCCACAAAGUCAUAUUUGACAAGUUGACAUUCUAUGUAUUUAGGAUUCUUUUUAGCUUAUUAGGUGGUCUGUUAAAAAUCCUGGGAUAUCAGAAUAGCAUAAUUAUUUAUUUAUAAUUAUUGUUUUCCAGCAGUUGGAAAUCCUUUUUACAUAUUUAACCUCCCAAACAUCACGUGAAAGCUCUUUACUUCUUAAGUACGAAUACAAUUAACCAUCAGUUGCUGACUGUGUAAAGUUUGCUUGAAGUUGAAAAAAAGCUUCAAGUGAUCUGUGAUUAACCAUGAGGCUCCAUUAUUUGCCUUCCAUCUGCUUGUGAAACACAGGGAUGUCAGUAAGGGCCAGGGGUCACUGAUUUCCCUCAGAUAUUUUAAGCUUGAAAACCGGCUACUUUCAUAGGAAACAAAUAGGUCUUUUGCAUUAGUUGAUCACGUGAUCAAUUUUGGGCAAACACGAAAACAGUUCGUUUUUGAAAAAUUUUGUUAGCACAAGCUGAAAAAGGAUAUUUAAAUUAUGUAACCUGCAAAUUUUCAGCCAUAUGUCUCAAAGUAGCAAUUACAAUGGUGGGUGAAAAUUAGACGGAUUUGUAUGAGAAAAAUAACUUUUGCCACCCAGUCACGCUUGAAUGGUUUACAAUACAAAUUCUUGUAAAUUCUUAAAUUUUAUUUGUUGUGAAAUCUUUCCCUUACACAUUUAAGGGCUCAAAUUGCCUGUUAUGAAUUGAAAGGAGAUUUGAGCCCUGUCAUGCUUAAGGAAAUAUUUCACAACAGUUUCAAAAUUUCGAAAUUUGCGAGGAUUUGUAUGGAAAACCAUUCAUGCGUGACUGAGUGGCAAGAGUUGUUUUCUUAUACAAAUCCCUCUAAUUUUCAGCAGCCGUUGCAAUCCCUACUUUUGAGAUAUAUGGCUGAAAAUGUACAGGUUACCUAAUUUUAAUAUGCUCUUUCAGCUAAUGCUAACAAUUUUUUUCAAAAGCAAACUGUUUUUGUGUUUACGGAAAGUUGAUCAUGUGAUCAAUUAAUGCAAAAGCCUAUUAAGGAAGAUAGAAUAAACAACACUUGGCAACUUAAACUUUUAGUAACAGCCCUGGGAAGAAAGGGGGAAUCUGACAAGUGAUCACAAGCCUCUUAGGGUUUUUUUCCACAAACCCCUCCAAGUACAAGUUUUUAUCACAGGAUUGACCAUUUUCACUUACUGUCAAAUUUGUCUGCAACUAUUAGAAAGAAGAUUGUAUAGACAUUCUCAAGAUAGUAAGCCUUAUGAGAAUAGACAGGUUAGUACUUACAAUAAUUCUUAGUAAGUAAUAAUAUUAUAAGUUUUACUCUUUUCCAAGGCUUAUCCCUUAGUGGAAACCCACUAUACAACCACCUUGUUAGCAAAAUCCAUUCCUUUUAUUUAUCAACCAAUGACCAUCCCUUGGAGUGCCCAAUCAUUAUCUUGUGUGCAGUUUUAGGUUUUUAAUCAUAACUAUAACAAAAUUGUCAAAUCUUGUUGGCUAUCAACUGCCCUGAUUUCAGCCUUAAUUGGACAGUUUAAUAGGACAGUACAGGUCAUGCCUAAGUAAUUGGACAGUACACGCCAUCAUGCGCGCGCUUAAAUGGCUUUUUUUUUUUCACUGCUAGCAAAACAAAAUUUCGGAUUUCUUGUGUUUUGAUUUAAAAAAUAACCUAUUAUGUCACAAAUUUUGUUAAAGUUAUGAUUAAUUGGUAACAGAACUUCGUGUCGUCCAAUUCGGUCUGUAAUCCUUCUCGUGAUUAAACAAAUCGGGCUCCCGCUACGCGGUCGUCCGAUUUUGUUAAUCACUCAUAUGAUUACAGACCGAAUUGGACUCCACUCAGUCCUGUUACCAUUACUAAUACAACAAAUAAGAUGCCUGGCCUCAGUUGGUUAAAACCUGGAUAGCACUAUACAUGGGACAAAUCAUUUUGGAUGGAUUUGUAGUAAUUUGGGGAACCCCUUUUUUAUUACAUUAUCCACUGGACAGACCUUUAUUCAGUGGAUAGUGCUAUCCACCUUUUGAACUACUGGGGCCUGGUGACCCCAGUGAACAAGUGAAAAAAGCAUUAAAGCAGACAAAAAAGUCAGACUAAAUUUAACAGAAAGUCAUCAAAAGUCCAUAUUUAUUGAGGUUUCCAUUGAUUUAUGUAAGAUAUCUAACAGUGAUGGUCAGUUUGAAAUCAUACUUGUUAUGUAGUGUCAAAUUAGGGCUGUUUAUACGAGAUUAGCAACUCCAGGGGCUUCCACUUUUGGCACAGCCAGGCCCUAGACAGAGUUACGCACCCAUGGCCGGCAAACCAGUGCCCUCCAGCCAUGAGCCCCCACACCAAGCCAAAGGGACCUCCGAGCUGAAUGCCAAGCUCAGAGAGAAGGGGCUCAUAGCUGGGAGAAGCCUGAGCCCAUAUACUCCAAACCUGCAGGCACCCACCCAUGCUGAGCAUGUAGAAACAUACAAAGGCUAAACAAGACCCAAGUGCCAAACAUACAGCGCCAAUGCCCCAUAAAUGCUACAAACACUGUAAAACACCACAAACAUCCAACCCCAAUGCCCAGUAAACACUGUUAACGCUGUAAACGCCACAAGGGUCCAACCUCAAUGCCCCCAAAAAACUACAAACUUUCUAAGUGCCACAAAACAACCAACCUGAAUGCCUCAUAAAUGCUACAAACAGCUGUGAAUGCCACAAACGUCCAACCCAAACACUCUAUAAACAAUACAAACGCUGUAAAUACCCAAAAAUUUCAGCCCCAACGCCCCGUGAAAAAACUAUAAAAGGACACUAAAAAAACAAUACCACUAGUUGUACACUUACCAGUAAACAGAUGCUAAAACAUGCAAAAAACACUAUAAUAUGUUUAUAGUACUACUAAAACUAUUUACUACAAAGUACUAAAAGGAAUGUGGGUGCCUGGUGUAUCCAGGGGCCUCCAUUGUGGUCAGCCAGUCCCUAGAAUCUUCUCCCAUGGCUGGCAAAUCCCCACAAUCCAUCCAUGGGCCCCCUUUCCAGGCACCUGUCGUACUGAUGCAUGAUGAAUCUGUGGAAAGAGACAGGGUAGCGUAGAGGGGCAACACUAAAAAAACCGCUUCACUCUAAUGCGACCACCACAAAAACCGCCCAGUUUGAUACUCCUGGCUGUGACGAAGCAACAACGUUCCAUGUGAGUUGUGAGUUUGACCGUUGGCAGGCGGAGACUGUUAAGCUCGUCGCUGACAACUUGUUAAAUUUCCCCCAAACACUGCCAACAACGCUUGCUCAGAGGAAAACUAGGCAAACCAACAAAACCAGAUGAAACGAUCACACAGUUAACCGACUGCCUCAAUGGUAAAACAAUCGCUACACAAAUGCUCAAUGAAGAACUUGAAGAUCCUAGCUGUGUACAAAGCUACCACGUACCCUGUGAGCCUGCACUUAUGGAAUUGACCACUGAAUGCCCGGUAAGCUCGUGGACCACUUGACUGCUAAGCUCGUGAACCACUUGACCGCUAAGCAAGUGAAUAUAAAACCACAGUCGUUCCGUCUCACAAAUACACCACCGACAAGCUGUUGUAGAACUUUCAAACCAUGAAGUUGCAGACAAAACACCCAAGGGAAAAUUAUGGCCGUGCUAAUUCAGAGACAAACGCCCCUCCAGGACUGUUUGCCUAAAUUACGAGGAAACAACGAUUGCACAAAAGCCAAACAUAGCCCAUGUCAACAAAGAAACAAACGGCUUGAACAAACAGCAAAACAGUGAGAAUCAGAUGAUAAAAGAAUGAUCCAGAGGUUAAACGAAAAAGUGGCCGCCAGGGAAAUGUUUUACUGAGCACAUGGAGGUGAUGCAAGCAAGGCUGACCGCACUUGAGCCAAACCACUGACUGCUGACCAUGCCCGUGCUCCUUGUUGUCAACUGUGUCAAAUUAAACUUCAUGAAAAUAAGCCACAAAAGGAACCAUUUUAUAUGAUUAUGGCUUACAUAAGACACAAACUGCUCAUAUAAAUUAUUUGUGGCUUAGUUCGCUGUCAGACCAGUCAAUGAUGACGUAGUUUGUUUUGGUACCUCAUGUAAUUUUCAACAGUGGCUUGAGCGAGCAAAAAUGUGAAACCAUUUGCUCUGGUCAGGAAAAUCCCCAUAUUUUACACUUUCUCUUUCAUUACAAAUUAACAUUUUGGUCAAGAUUGGGCUGUUGCAAAACUUAUGCAGAAACCUCUUUGAAAAGUCCAUCAGCAAUCAAUCGAGUGGUUUGACAGAGAUGUUUCAGGAAUGGAUGAGGUGGAGUUUAGAUGAAAUUUCCAGCUCUCUCGUGCAGCAGGUCAUUUUCCUGCCACUUCGGGGUGCAUCUCUUGGCCAUGAAGGUCUGAAAUAUAAUUGAAAAUAGAGCAUGCACUGCGAUCGUUUAUAGCUUUAGCAAACCACAAACUCAUGAGUGCAUUUAUACAAACACUUUCACGUCCAAGGUAAGCCACGGCUAGGAUAAGCCCACCCCAAAAUUCCUUGCUCAUGAUAAGCUGCGGCUUGAGCUAGCUGUGGGUUGAAUAAGCCAUGCACGAAGAUUUUGUACCAUGUAUACAGGGUGUUCGUGUCCUAUGGAAGCCGUGGCUUAUUUUAUCUUUUAUAAAUGGCCCUAUUGUGACUCCAUCUUGUCAAUACAACCAUAAUGAUUUAUCUGUGGCCCAGAGGUGGUCAUGUUACUAGGGUUCCACGGAGUGUUAUUCUUACCAUAUUCAUAAUCGAUCACUCAUAUAUAGAAGAAAGGCCUAGAGUUUGCUUGUCAUCAGCCUUGUAUAAUUAUAUCUCAAGACAUGACAAAUACUGUGUAACUACUCAUUGUCAAGUGGUUCGUAAAGUUUUACAAGUGUCUAACAUUGUGUUUGUUUAAACCUUCAGGGGAGGAAUGGUUGAAAAUGAUCCACAAUAUGAACUUGUAUACCAAACGCUUCAUCAUUACUGGACAACUCGUACAGGGAGUGAGGAUGAUUCACAUGACAUUGCUUUAGAGGCAAUCUUCGAUGAAUAGUCAGCUAAUUUUGAAAAGAUUGAUGGAUAUACAGAUCAAUAAUAAUCUUACAUGCUGGUCAUGGGAGAAUAAUAAUUUAAAGGCUGCAUCGUUGAGUCUGCAAUCAAGUGUUUUGACCACUGCUAUUCAAGAUGGGCUUAAUAUUGCAAGAUUAUUUAACCUGCAGAUUAUAUAGACAAACUAAAUUCGAAAUUUAUAACCAUAUUAAGACGAUUUGGGACCAUCAGCUAUGUUUAUUAUCAACUUAAAUUGAAGGCGAGUCUUCAAAGCACCUGACCAAGUUGGUUUGUUUGGAAGUAGUUCUGCCUGGAUUGUGGUUUUAUGUUAAUUGGAGGCUUCCCUUGCAGGACAAGGGAACAACAAAGACCUGUUGAAUACAGGAAAUAUAGAGUGACUUCACUGGCUAUGACUCAGAACUGCAUUGUUAAUUUACCAUUACAGAUGACUCAAGUUUGAGAUUAUUGUUAUUUAUGCAUUUAUGAGAAAUUAUUUCAAGAACCAGGAGAAAGAGACAAAUUUACAAGGUGUUUUUUAAACAUUUGUUAAGUUGGAAGAACUGAAAACAAGGAGGCUCUGUGGGCAUGUCCAACUGACUUUUGGAAUUCUUGCCUUCUCAUGAUACAAGGAGGUUUUUGCUACAUAUUUUAAAUCCAGAGUGAUUACACCUCUGUUUAAUGUUACUGUUUGUAUCAAUGGUAUUCGUGACAGGAGAUUUUAGACACUAUAUUAAGGUGAAUUAUUUUUUCAUUCUUCCCCAUCAUCACUACAUCACCACAGGUGCAUUCUGCUCUUAUAUUUUGCAGAGAAGUGCAAUAAUGCAUUAUAAAAUAAAAGGACCUCACACUUCUUAGUUUACUGAGCAUCAAUGCUUUAAAAUUACUUUAUUUUGAACUUUUAUCGCAUGGAUCCUGGUUUACUAUUGGGACUAUAACAAAUUACCGAUAUAAAUGUACUUAAUUUACUCAAAUAAGUGCCGCCCAAUUUAGCCCCGAUAUGAUGACAAUCAAAACAAUUAUUAUUUUAGUUUAAUAAAGAAAAUUAUAAUACUGUAGUUAAAACAAUUCUUUGUGGCAUCCAACUUUCAAGUAAACGUGGCUCUUGAAUUUUAGGUUCCACUUUUUAGAUGUUAAAAAUUUGAUCAGUGCCGCAAUGCUUAUUCAAGUAAAUACGGUAAGCACUUAUUUAAAUUUGAGAGUAAUGACCAAGCCCCAGUUGUUCAAAAGGUAGAUAGUGCUAUCCGCCGGGUAAAUCUCCAUCCACUGGAUAGUGCAUUAUUGGUUUCCCUAAUACUUACCCACUGGAUAAUGAUUCAUCCUGUGGAUAGCGCUAUCCAGCUUUUCAACAGCUGGGGCCAGGGUGAAACAUCAAAUACAUCCUUAAAGUGAGAAAUUAUUACAAAGUAUUUAUCAGAUUAAUAUUAUAUUGUACAGAAUUAUUACUGAGGGAUUUUAUGAAAUUCUUCUAUCAACGUAACUUAUUUACCCCCGAGUGAUGUAUAUGGAUUAUGUUAACACAGAGAAUUGUCAAGGAAGUUUGUAUUUAAUUUAUUUUGAAUAAUAUUAAUAUUAUUGUUAUUAUCAUUGUGUGUAUAAAAUACGGAUUCUGAACCUGCAGCAUUAAACUGGAAAUAUUGGUGUUUAGUUUUUAAUGCCAGUAUAAUUGUACAAGUAAGUUGCUGUAUUUUUUUGUCCAGUUUUGUCUUACAAGUUGCAUGACUUGUAACUGGACCGUACAGUUGACACUGUUAACUUCUUCUUCUUCUUUAUAAUAAACAAUCUAGUGUCAAGUUAGUGUGUGCAAGGAAAUGAUAAAUGCAAAAAGACCAGAAGUUAAUUAAAUUACUCCAAAGAAGCCUUACUUAAGAGACAUUAACUUUUUAGGUGACUAUUUUAAAAAUAAUAUAUAAGUUCAUUCCAAGAUGGUACACAAGAUUGUUUCCUUAAAAUGUUUGGGAUGUUACCAAUCAUGUCUUCUGAAGUGAUCCACCAUGCUCAAACAAGAAGCGUUAAAAUUAACAGUUUCCUAAUUUCAAGGGAAAAAAUGCUUCUCAUGUCCAAUGUUGGUAAACUUCAUGUUAAGCUCCUCAUCAUCAGGUUGCCAAGUAUAUUCUGAGAUAACGGUAGCCAAAAAUUAUUUUCGGGCUUAGGGUUUGAAAGCUGUCUGGUAGCUGUUAUAAUUUUGGUCAGUAACUUAUCUAUCUUGUAACUUUGUGGAAAAAGAAAAGAAAGGAACCAUUGUGAAAUAACCUGUUCCUUCAAAAAAGACAUGAAAAGAUAAAAUACUGUCCUGAAAAAGUGAUACUCUUGGAUUAAUAGCCUUAAAAAUAUGGCACUGGUAAAUAAUUCUGAUUGUUUGAUUUUAGUUUGCACUGAAUAUUUAUAUACUUCCUUAACUGUAAAUAUUUUUCUUCCUGGUGCAAAUUAUUUGAAUUAGUUUUGGAUAUUUGGGCACUGCUUUGUAUAUUGCAUACAAUGUACAUGAAAAUAAUGAACUAGAGGUUUUUAAUGAGAUACCUUUAACCUAGAUGUAUUCUUAAAACCAUGCUUUCACUUUUAUGCUGGAUAAAACAUGGCAUUAUCUGUGACAGGCCAAACUGUAACAACUACCACUUUGUCCUAGUUGCUAGAUGUGAUGUUAUAACAGGAAUGUUGUAACAAACACCUCUUAAAAGAUCUUUUUUAAAAGAAGUGCAAGUGUAGGUCAUAUCUUCCAAAAAAAAAAAACACGUCUCAGCUCCACACUGAUCUGCACCCUGCCAUGCAAAUACAUGUAGGCCACCUUUAAAUAUAAGUUGGUUUUUGUUCCCACAUUUUACCAUGCACAUGCCAGUAUAUUAGGCUAGAGCUCACCUCUGCCUUUAAGGCCCAACUCCAACACAAUAUUUCUCGAUUAUUUCAUGAAUUUCGUCACACAUUUUGUAUCUCACAGCGGCCAUGUAAUGUCUAUUUUAUUAUUUAUUUUGUCUGAACACCAAUGAAACACCAAACCAUUUCACUUCAAAAAGGCACCAUAUUAUGUAACCAUAGCAACAGUGAUCUUUUCACAUUUCGUGUGAAAAGUUGUCAUGUUUCCACUCUAAAGGUCACCUGGUAUAUCACUGAUGUUUAUAUAAUGAAAAUUUUUAUUUGUCUUACUUGGCUUAUAUGCCUGUUAACAAGAGAGACCAACUCAAAUCAUCUUUACCUGAAUCUCAUGAGCUCCAAGUGUAAUUAUGGCAGCGCAAACAGAAACAGGCUGAUACUACUGUAGCUUAAUUGCUUAAUUAAAGACUUUUAACCCACUGCAGGUUCAGAAAUAGUAAAGUCGGUCUUAUUGAAUUAACACCUGAAGAAGGUAACUCCUUCAUUUUUUCAGUUUCAUUUAUCAUUGAUGGAUAAGGAUAUUAUUAUUACAGUUACCAUGUAACUAGAGAGGGUACAAAUGGUACAAAGUUGAAGAAAAUGGGUUUAACAUGCGAUGAGAGUGAGACAAUAAAAUUAUCAGAG